AUGGCUGGUUUAUCAGAAUCAUGUUCUCAUGUGGGGGCCAUACUUUUUGCUACCGAGGCUGGGGUAAAAAUGAGAAAUUCCUCAUGCACGACAGAGAAAUGUCAGUGGCUAAUGCCAUCAAACAUAAAAAAGAUACCAGCUGCACCGGUGGCAAUGAUAGAUUUCACAUCUGCAAAAAGGAAAAAGUUAAAUUUAGAUGAUGCAAUUUCGGGGAAGGCAGAUAUGGGUGUAAGAACGAAUCGAAAGCCAGAGAGACUUACAUCAGACACCAGCGCUUGGUUCAUGAGGGGUUCUCAUGUAUGGACAGUGGGUUGUGGCUGA